AUGGCGUACAAUCACAGGCCAAGUACCAAAACCAAACGUUCCCUUUCUUCUUCUUCUCCUUCAAGCACCAAACGAUCCAAGGUAUCUGAGGAUGUUUCACCCACCAUCAAUCCCUCACCGCUGGUCAACGAAUCUAGUGAACAGAAGAUGCGGUUAUCUGAUCUACAAGAAACGGCGUCGUUGAAGGCUGUUGAUGGUGACACUGAGAACCACAAGGUGUCUUCUCCUCAGUGUCUAGAAUCAGAAUCAGGUGGGAUUACCUUGAAAUCCAAGGUGUUGCCGCCGUUAGCUCGGUCGAAGAAAAGUUGCACAAAAUCGAGUCCUAAGACUGCUUGGGGGAGGCUCAUUUCUCAAUCUUCUGAGAAUCCUCACUUGCCCAUAUGCGAACCUGUCUACAUUGUUGGUCAAUGUCGUCAAUGUAAUUUAUGGCUUAAAGAUCCCAAUGAUAGUAAUGUUUUGUGCAAAUUGAGCCACAUAGAGCAUGGAGGUUUUGCAUUGCUGGAAGUCAUAGGGAGUAAAGGUGAAGUGAAAGUUAACGGAAAGAUAUAUGGGAAGAAAUGUCGUUCUAUUUUAAGUGGAGGUGAUGAAGUUACCUUUGGUUUUUCUGGCAGACAGGCUUAUAUAUUUCAGCAGCUCCAUAAUAAUAUCUCUACUGCCAAUAUACCGCCUCCUGUGAGCAUUUUAGAAACCCAGGGUGCUCCAAUAAUUGGAACGCAAAUUGAAGCUAAACCUGGAGAUCCGUCGGCUGUUGCUGGGGCUUCAAUAUUGGCCUCUUUUUCUAAUUUUAAUGAAGAUUUAUCUCUCAUUUCAUCCCCUGCUAACACCUACAAGAACACCCAGCAGAAGACUGAUGUUUCACCAUUAUUCUCUCCUGAUUUAGAUUUAAGUGGCAGGAUUACUAAGAUAUUGAAAAAAAAAGAAAUUGAAGGAACGCCUUAG